GUGACCAUGUACACGUUCACGUCGUGCCCCUUUUGCAAGAAGGCGAAGGAGCUGUUGGACGACAAGGGGGCGACGUACACGGAGAUCGCGCUCGACGAGCGCGAGGACGGCGCGGCGCUCCGGGCGAGGCUCGGCAAGCGCACGGGCCGCACGUCCGUGCCCGCGGUCUGGAUCGGCGACGAGUACGUCGGCGGCCUCAACGACGGCGCGCCGGGCCUCGUCCCCCUCGACAAAGCCGGCGAGCUCGACGGCAAGCUCAAAAGCGCGCGCGCGCUGUAA